AAAUCCCCUCCUUCGAAGCGUCACCGGCUAAAUCAAUAAACAGUCGUAAUUAAAGACAACCUUCUUAGCAUUCCCUAAUAAUUUCCACAAAGUAGCUGAAUUUGAGACCAUUUAAUCCCCAAUCUUCACCCACGAUCUCUAAACCCCAAUCACUUGUUGAUAAUUUGAGUGAUCUCAAACCUAAUCACCACUCAAAGUAGACUCAAAUUUCGGUUUCGGCAAAAUGCAGUUCUUUGGAAGCGCAGAGAUCAGUCCAUCACCGCCAGUGCCGACGACCUCCGGCAACAAUGCUCACAUGAUGUACGUGUUUAAUAGGAACGGUGUGUGCUUGCUUUACAGGGAAUGGAAUCGCCCUCUUCGCACACUCAACGCCCAACAAGAUCAUAAGCUCAUGUUCGGUCUCCUCUUCUCUCUCAAAUCAUUGACGGCCAAAAUGGAUCCCACAAGUGCAGAGAGGGGAAACCUGGGGGUGCCUCAAUUACCUGGACAAGGUUGUUCGUUUCACAGUUUUCGUACUAAUACAUACAAACUUAGUUUUAUGGAAAGUCCAUCUGGUCUAAAGCUUAUAUUGAUCACUCAUCCUAGGACUGGUGAUCUACGACAAUCCCUAAAGUACAUUUACAAUUUAUAUGUUGAAUAUGUUGUCAAGAAUCCUCUGUAUACACCAGGAGCUCCAAUUAGGUGUGAGCUGUUUAAUACAUCUCUGGAUCAAUAUGUAAGGAGUAUUGCUAGUAUUUCAAGGUAGCAAUCCAUGAUCAGACCAUAUGAAAUAUGAAAUAUCUGGAUUAUUUCUGGUAGUCUGAACUGGUAUGCUUGCUUGGGCACACCAAUAGAAUUGGUUUAGGUGUAUGCUUAUUUAAUUUCCUGUCUGGUGGCAGCCAAUUUCUGUUAAGACAGAUUGUGAGGAGAGAUUCUAUCAUUUUAGUUCGUUG